AUGUCUACAGAAAGAGGCGACUUCUACUACCCGCUCGAGCAAGACCACCUCAACAUCAAUUACAACGAUCAGGUGGACGUGUAUUGGUGGUCAACAUUCGCAGAGCUGCUGCUGAUCAAUUGCUCUGAGAGUGUCGCUGGAGGAAAGGGCUAUAACUUUAGGAGAAAUAUCAACGAGAAUGGGACGGAACGCUGGGGCCCUAUCCAGCUCUCGCAGGAAUUCGACGACUGGAGCAGACCCGUUGGAUGCCAGCUUGCUAUUUUUGCAAGUGGGAUUGGAAGUGUCGGUGGUGCGACAAUAGGUGUUACUUCUGAUCCUACACAUAGCGCAUCAAUCAUGGCGAUGUCUUCGACUGUGGCAAAGGACCCUGUAACAACCCCUUCCACGACACCGGCACCAAGCGUGACACCAAGCUCUGCAGCUCCUACAACCACACCCGCAGACCCGAAAGCCACCGGCUCCCCAGAUGACGAGGGUGGCCUGUCUACAGGAGCAAAGGCUGGCAUUGGUGUUGGCGUAGGUUUGGGUGCGAUACUGGUUGCGGCCGCAGCAUAUCUGUUCUAUCGCAACCAUCGCAAGAUGAAGGACCUGAACGCAAGAUUGAGCUACCAGCCAGAAUCGCAGCAGUACAGCAAGCCAGCCGGCGUUGCCGUCGCGCAUCACGCAGGCAACGAAUACAGUAGUCCGUACAGUGAGGGUACGGCGUGGUCGCAGGGACAUCAUUCACCGCAAGCGCCACCACGAGAGCUCGCGGGUUCGCAGUAA